UGGACAGCGGAUUGUAUGUGUGUGAUUGGAUUCCCUCGGCUGUGUUCUCUCUCUACCUCGCUCGCUCAUGGACCUCUGUGGAGCUGCGGAUUCUGCUCGGCUCUGCUCUCUCUGAGGAACGCCGUGUCUGUCGGAUUUACUCUGCAGGGACUUUUUUUGUCUCCUUUUCUCGCUGGAACUGGAAAAACACAGCAGGUGAUGGAGGAGGCCGGGCUGAAGCCUCAGGUACUGCGCCGCGGUUGGCUGAGGAAGCAGGGCGGCUUCGUGAAGACGUGGCACUCGCGCUGGUUCGUCCUGAGAGGAGAUCAGCUCUACUACUACAGAGACGAGGACGAGACCAAAGCUCUGGGGGCCAUUUUCCUGCCUGGCAACAGAGUCACGGAGCACCCCAGCAACGGAGAGGAGGCGGGAAAGUUUCUGUUCGAGGUCAUUCCAGGGGGCGACAGGGAGCGGAUGACAGCCAACCAUGAGACUUACUUGCUCAUGGCCAGCACACAGAACGACAUGGAGGAUUGGGUGAAGACCAUCCGCAGGGUCAUAUGGGCUCCGUUUGGAGGAGGCAUUUUUGGCCAGAAGCUGGAGGAGACGGUGCGGUACGAGCGUCGCUAUGGGAACAAGCUGGCCCCCAUGCUGGUGGAGCAGUGUGUGGACUUCAUCAGGCAGUGGGGUCUGCAGGAGGAGGGGCUAUUCCGCCUUCCCGGCCAGGCCAACCUGGUCAAGGAGCUGCAGGACGCCUUCGACUGCGGAGAGAAGCCGUCGUUCGACAGUAAUACAGAUGUGCACACAGUGGCGUCUCUGCUGAAGCUGUAUCUGCGCGAGCUUCCUGAGCCCGUGAUCCCCUUCUGCAAGUACGAGGAGUUCCUGGCCUGCACCAAACUUCUCAGCAAGGACCACGACGCAGGAAUGAAGGAGUUGAGAAGACAAGUGGAAAGUCUACCUCUAGUGAACUAUAAUCUGCUGAAAUACAUAUGCAGGUUUCUGGAUGAAGUGCAGUCGUAUUCCGGAGUGAAUAAGAUGAGUGUGCAGAACUUGGCUACAGUUUUCGGGCCAAAUAUUCUGAGGCCCAAAGUGGAGGAUCCAGUGGCAAUAAUGGAGGGGGCGGUUCUGGUGCAGCAGCUCAUGGCCGUCCUCAUCGGCCAGCACAACGUCGUCUUCCCCGCGGUCGAGGACAGCAGUCCCGGCGCUGUGGAGCUGAGCAACAACAACAACAACGACCCCUCCAAACGGGCCACCGGCCAGCAGCAGAACAAAGAGAAUAACAACACCAGCCCCCGGUGCACCUGGGAGUCCCCCGACUCGCCCACUCGGGUCGCAUUGGAUAACGGUUCUCCUCGUUCAGGAAGCCCCCGGAAUGGACCCACAGUCCCACGCUUCGAGUUUGAGGUGACCCGCAGUCCGCCUCUGAUGGUGAAGAAGAACCCAGCGUUCAGCAAAGGCAGCAAAGGCAUCGUCACCAACGGCUCCUUCAGCUCUUCUUCCUCAUCCUCAGCCGAGGCCGGGCAGGAAAAGGGUCAGAUCCAGACGCUGCCCAGCACAGGCACUUUACAGUCCCGCCGCACCAAGAUGGGAGUGCAGAAUGGCGGCGUGCGAAUGGGCGUGUCCAGCACUGACGUGGUUAACGGGACAGCAAACGGCCGCAAUAACGGGCUCUGGUCUCCUGCUGGCUACGUGACGCUUCGGGAGGGAAAAGGACGGGAUGGCUGCGAACAGCAAAACCGCCUAUCCACCUACGAUAAUGUCCAGCAGGUAACAUCUGCACAGCCAUGUCUCAGCAGCAGCAGCUGUGAGGACAAGCAGAGUGUGGACAGCGCCACCUGGUCCACUUCAUCCUGCGAGAUUUCACUGCCAGAAAACUCCACCUCCUGCCGCUCGUCCACCACCACCUGCCCCGAACAGGACUUCUACACCGGAGCCUUCGAGGACCCACUGCUGGACGGGAUGGUGCAGGAGGAGCGAAGGGACGCUAAUGGAGGUGGAGGAGGGAGGGGCAGCAGGGGGACGAGCAGCAGCGAGAACAGCGAGGUGGCAUUUCCUCUGAGUAACGGAGCAAACAGCCACAGCGCCCUGCACAGUCUGGUGGGCAGCCUGAAGCAGGAGAUGCUGAAGCAGAAGAGCGAAUACGAGGCCAGGAUUAAAAGUCUGGAGCACCGUAACCUGGAGUUGGAGACCGAGAUGGUGACGUUGCGUGACGAGCUGGAGCAGGAGAGGAAGAAGUUCACCAUGGUGGAGAUCAAGCUGCGCAACGCAGAGAGGGCCAAAGACGACGCGGAGAAACGCAACGAAAUGCUGCAGAAGGAGAUGGAGCAGUUUUUCUCCACUUUCGGAGACCUGACCGCCGACCCUCGGCGCCCAGACCGAGCCAACACCAUCUGGAUUCAGUGAGCCGGGGGGGCAGGACUGAUCCGUGGACAAAGGGACGACUGUGAACCCUUCAGAGACGAUCCAGGACCAGCUUUCUUACCUGUAAUGGGCUCCACUCUGACUCGAACUUGACUAAGCUGUGUGGGUGAAGCUCAGUGAGCCAAAAGUCCAAACUGGACCGGUCCAGAACGGCAUAGUAAGAUUAUACCAUUUGGAUCCAGCCAGAUCAAAGAGAGGGAUUUUAUGCGGGUCCGCAAGUGAAGAAUGGAUGUCUUUACCCAAAGAAGGACACAAUCCUAGGAGACUGGAAAGGUUGCAUUAUGGGUUAUGGAGUCUUCAGCCUUAACUGAUGGAGCUGCUCUGAAAAGGCCUGCAGGAGAACCAAGAAUGUUGUGAUCCAACCAGAAAUGUCCUGUGACGUGUUCUCAUGCGUUCUGUGUAAAUAAAGCGAGAUCUUGGAGGCAGAGAUAAGAUGUAUGUAUAAAAAGCAAGCUAAGAUAUUUUAAUGUGUGUCUGAUAUUUAAGCGGAGAUUAUAAAUGUCACAUUUUAUCUGUUUUUAUACCGAGGCUUUUCCUUGCACUUAGCAUUUUGUUUCUGUUCUCAACACGGUACGUUGAUGUUGUUUAUCCUGGACUCCACUCUAGACUAGUCAGUUGAUCCGCUGUUGACUUUUUAAAGAGGAAUUCCACCGUUUUUCCAAAUUUCUGCAUAAGUGUGUGAGGUGUGAUCAGAGGUUCAGAGGGUUUGGUGUGAAACGGUUCAGACGUCUCUACAGUGGUGGUGAUGGGAACCAGGCG